CACCCGUACCGCGGUGCCGCUCCGCCCAUCGCUCCGCCCCGCGGCUCCUUCCGCGCUCGCCCCGGGCCCGUCCGCUCCGUCCGCGCUCGCCCCGUCCGCCGCCCCCACCCCGCCAUGGCCUCCGCGGCCGCUCCCGGGCAGGGCGGCUCCGCGCCGCCGCUCACCGUCCAGCGCGGCAUCGUCAAGAUGGUGCUGUCGGGCUGUGCCAUCAUUGUGCGCGGGCAGCCCCGGGGUGGGCCCCCCCCCGAGCGCCAGAUCAACCUCAGCAACAUCCGCGCCGGGAACCUCGCCCGCCGCGCUGGCGCGGGGCAGCCGGACGCCAAGGACACCCCGGACGAGCCCUGGGGGUUCCCGGCUCGCGAGUUCCUGCGGAAGAAGCUGAUCGGGAAGGAGGUUUGCUUUACCGUGGAGUACAAGACGCCACAGGGCCGGGAGUACGGGAUGGUGUAUUUGGGGAAAGACACGAGUGGUGAGAACAUCGCUGAGUCGCUGGUGGCCGAAGGGCUGGCGUCGCGCCGGGAAGGGAUCCGAGCCAACAACCCCGAGCAGAGCCGGCUGGCCGAGCUGGAGGAACAAGCCAAGAGUGCCAAGAAAGGGAUGUGGAGCGAGGGGACGGGCUCCCACACCAUCCGGGACCUCAAGUACACCAUCGAAAACCCCCGGCACUUCGUGGAUUCCAUGCACCAGAAGCCUGUCAACGCCAUCAUAGAGCACGUGCGGGAUGGCAGCGUGGUGAGAGCCCUCCUGCUCCCCGAUUACUACCUGGUCACCGUCAUGCUGUCCGGGAUCAAGUGCCCCACGUUCAAGCGGGAGGCGGAUGCCACCGAAGUCCCCGAGCCGUUUGCAGCCGAAGCCAAGUUCUUCACGGAGUCGCGGCUGCUGCAGAGGGACGUGCAGAUCGUCCUGGAGAGCUGCCACAACCAGAACAUCCUGGGCACCAUCCUGCACCCGAAUGGGAACAUCACCGAGCUCCUGCUGAAGGAGGGCUUCGCCCGCUGCGUGGACUGGUCCAUCGCCGUCUACACCCGCGGUGCCGACAAGCUGCGUGCGGCUGAAAGGUUCGCCAAAGAGCGCAAGCUGAGGAUCUGGAGGGACUACGUGGCCCCCACGGCAAACCUGGAUCAGAAGGACAAGCAGUUUGUAGCGAAGGUGAUGCAGGUGCUGAACGCCGACGCCAUCGUGGUGAAGCUGAACUCGGGGGACCACAAAACCAUUCACCUCUCUAGCAUCCGACCCCCGCGGCUGGAAGGGGACAGCAUGCAGGACAAGAACCGGAAGCUGAGGCCCCUCUAUGACAUCCCCUACAUGUUUGAGGCCCGGGAGUUCCUGCGCAAGAAGCUCAUCGGGAAGAAGGUGAAUGUGACGGUGGACUACAUCCGCCCGGCCAGCAGCGCCACCGAGACCGUGCCCGCCUUCUCUGAGCGCACCUGCGCCACCGUCUCCAUCGGAGGAAUCAACAUCGCCGAAGCGCUGGUCAGCAAAGGCCUGGCCACCGUCAUCCGCUACCGGCAGGACGACGACCAGAGGUCCUCGCACUACGACGAGCUCCUGGCCGCGGAGGCUCGGGCCAUCAAGAACGGCAAAGGGCUGCACAGCAAGAAGGAGGUGCCGAUUCACCGGGUGGCCGACAUCUCAGGGGACACCCAGAAGGCGAAGCAGUUCCUGCCGUUCCUGCAGCGCGCCGGCCGCUCCGAGGCCGUGGUGGAAUACGUGUUCAGCGGCUCACGCCUCAAGCUCUUCCUGCCCAAGGAAACCUGCCUCAUCACCUUCCUCCUCGCAGGCAUCGAGUGUCCCCGGGGGGCGCGGAACCUGCCGGGGCUGGUGCAGGAGGGGGAGCCCUUCAGCGAGGAGGCCACGCACUUCACCAAGGAGCUGGUGCUGCAGCGGGAGGUUGAGGUGGAGGUGGAGAGCAUGGACAAGGCCGGGAACUUCAUCGGGUGGCUGCACGUGGACGGGCUGAACCUGUCGGUGGCCCUGGUGGAACAGGCCCUCUCCAAGGUCCACUUCACCGCCGAGCGCAGCCCCUACUACAAGGCGCUGGUGGCCGCCGAGGAGGGCGCCAAGCAGAGGAAGGAGAAGGUGUGGUCCCACCACGAGGAGGCCCCGGCGGAGGAGGUGACACCGGUGCUGGAGGAGAAGGAACGUUCAGCCAACUACAAGCCCGUCUUUGUCACCGAGAUCACCGACGAGCUGCACUUCUACGUGCAGGACGUGGAGACGGGCGCGCAGCUGGAGAAGCUGAUGGAGAACCUGCGUGCCGAGGUGGGCGCCCACCCCCCCGGGGAGGGCUCCUACGCCCCGCGCCGCGGCGACUUCUGCAUCGCCAAGUUCGUCGACGGAGAGUGGUACCGCGCCCGGGUGGAGAAGGUGGAGUCGCCCAGCAAAGUCCACAUCUUCUACAUUGACUAUGGCAACAAGGAGACGCUCCCCGCCACGCGCCUGGCGGCGCUGCCCCCGGCGUUCAGCACCCGCGUGCUGCCGGCACAGGCCACCGAGUACCGGUUCGCAUUCAUCCAGGUGCCCCAGGAUGAGGAGGCGCGGGCGGACGCAGUGGACAGCGUGGUGCGGGACAUCCAGAACAGCCAGUGCCUGCUGAACGUGGAGCACGGGGGCCCCCCCUGUCCCCACGUCACCCUCCAGUUCAGUGACACCCACAGCGACGUGGGGCUGGGGCUGGUGCGCGAGGGGCUGGUCAUGGUGGAGCCGCGCCCCGAGCGGCACUUCCAGAAACUGAUCACAGAGUACCUGAACGCGCAGGAGGCGGCAAAGAGUGCCCGGCUGAACCUGUGGCGUUACGGCGAUUUCCGCGCGGACGACGCCGACGAGUUCGGUUACAGCCGCUGAGGGACCCCCCGUGCCCCCCAAAAUCCUCCUCCCCGCCCCCCCAUCCCACCCCAUCCCUGGGGGCAGCCGGGGGGGUCGCGGGGCUCUAUGCCCGGGAUGCUGGGGUGGGGGGACCCCCCUGCCCCCUCGCAGCCAGCGCUGCCCCCCUGGCCCCCCAGUCUGUAUUUAAAGCUUCGGAGGCCAAAUAAACGUAGUCAAGCGUU